GCUGUCCCGGCCCCCUCCCCGCGUCCUGGCCCCCGGAGACUGGCCUUCGGGGCAGGGAGGCGAAGUCCCGGUGCAAGGUGGGGGGACCAGCAGCCGAGGACGCCGGGGUCCCGGAGCCAACAGAAGGUUUGGGGCUGGGACCCCAAAGACCUGAAUGCAAGGCCCUGGGCCCCCUGAGGGAAGUGGGCUGAGGCCUGGCCCGGGUGCCCCCCUCCCUCAGCAGAGCCCAGGAUGCCUCUCAGCUGCAGCGGCUCCUGAGCUCAUGGAGCCCUCCGCUAGCCCAGGGCCCCAGACGGGAGUCCCUGCUGGCAGCAGGGAGCCAUCCCCGGUGCCCCCAGACUACGAAGACGAGUUUCUCCGCUAUCUGUGGCGCGAUUAUCUGUACCCGAAGCAGUACGAGUGGGUCCUCAUUGUGGCCUACGUGGCUGUGUUCCUUGUGGCCCUGGUCGGCAACACACUGGUCUGCCUGGCUGUGUGGCGGAACCACCACAUGAGGACAGUCACCAACUACUUCAUCGUCAACCUGUCCCUGGCUGAUGUGCUAGUGACAGCCAUCUGCCUGCCAGCCAGCCUGCUGGUAGACAUCACUGAAUCCUGGCUCUUCGGCCAUGCCCUCUGCAAGGUCAUCCCCUAUCUACAGGCUGUCUCUGUGUCAGUGGCCGUGCUGACUCUCAGCUUCAUCGCCCUGGACCGCUGGUACGCCAUCUGCCACCCGCUGUUGUUCAAGAGUACUGCCCGGCGUGCCCGUGGCUCCAUCCUGGGCAUCUGGGCGGUGUCACUGGCUGUCAUGGUGCCCCAGGCUGCUGUCAUGGAGUGUAGCAGUGUGCUGCCGGAACUAGCCAACCGCACCCGGCUCUUCUCUGUCUGUGAUGAACACUGGGCAGACGAUCUCUAUCCCAAGAUCUACCACAGUUGCUUCUUCAUUGUCACCUACCUGGCCCCCCUGGGCCUCAUGGCUAUGGCUUAUUUCCAGAUCUUCCGCAAGCUCUGGGGCCGCCAGAUCCCUGGUACCACGUCAGCCCUGGUGAGGAACUGGAAGCGGCCCUCAGACCAGUUGGAGGACCAAGGGCAGGGCCUGGGUGCAGAGCCUCCACCUCAGGCCCGUGCCUUCCUGGCCGAGGUGAAGCAGAUGCGAGCUCGGAGGAAGACAGCCAAGAUGCUGAUGGUUGUGCUGCUGGUCUUUGCCCUCUGCUACCUGCCCAUCAGUGUCCUCAAUGUCCUCAAGAGGGUGUUCGGAAUGUUCCGCCAAGCCAGCGACCGAGAGGCCGUCUAUGCCUGCUUCACCUUCUCCCACUGGCUGGUGUACGCCAACAGCGCUGCCAACCCCAUCAUCUAUAACUUUCUCAGUGGCAAAUUCCGGGAGCAGUUUAAGGCCGCCUUUUCCUGCUGCCUGCCCGGCCUGGGUCUCUGCGGCUCUCUGAAGGCCCCCAGCCCUCGCUCCUCUGCCAGCCACAAGUCCUUGUCCCUGCAGAGCCGGUGCUCUGUCUCCAAAGUCUCGGAGCCCGUGGUGCUCACCAGCGUCACCACGGUGCUGCCCUGAGCGAGGGCAGGGCUGUCCUGGUGGCUCCAGGGAGUGUAACCUGUUCCCUGCCUGGGCUGCUCCCUGAGACCCGCCCCCACUCCUUGUAGAAAGACUGCUGGAUGCAGUGCGAAGCCAGGGGCUCCACUCCUGGUUUUCUGCCUGUUUAACUCUGGGCAAGUUACUUCCCUUCUCUGAGCUGUGUCCCCUAAGUGGGACUAAUGUGAGGAUUCAGCAUGCUCAAGAAAGUGGAAAGCUCUUUGUAAACUGUAGUGUUAUGGACAAGAUUAUC